CCAAAUAAAAAGAUUAGGCCAUACGUCCUCGUUUCCGUUUCCAGACAAUCACUUGAGAAAGACGAAGAUAAAAAUAACCGUCUCGUAUCGAGAACAUUUCCCAUUCCAGUUCCACAAUUUUAUCGACGGCUGCUUUCGAUCAACAAACAAAGAAUCAAAAACGGUAUGACUCAACGUGUUUGAGCCAAAAUAUUACAAAAUAGUGAUGCAAAAAAGACUUUCACCCGACCUAUAAUCACAAUCCGUCGCGUCGUGGUGUUCCGAGUCCAGGAAUUCGCGAUUUUUCGCCAUGUUUUAAUGCACGGAGUGUUAUGGCGACCAGCAGCAGAAGAGAUGUGCUAAAAACAUCCAUGGACCCUCUACCCAGUGCCAACGAUCCCCUAAGGGACCUUUUCGAGGCUUGCAAAGUGGGCGAUAUAGCCAGGGUCAGGAAAUUGGUCACUCCAACGACAGUUAAUGCCAGGGACACGGCCGGGAGAAAGUCAACCCCUUUACAUUUUGCUGCAGGGUAUGGUAGAAGAGAUGUCGUAGAGUUUCUUCUGUCAGCUGGGGCUUCAAUACAAGCCCGAGACGAUGGAGGUUUGCAUCCUCUACACAACGCCUGCUCCUUUGGCCAUGCUGAUGUAGUCAGGCUGCUUCUUGAAGCUGGUGCUAGUCCUAAUACCCGAGACAAUUGGAAUUAUACACCCCUACAUGAAGCAGCGAUUAAAGGAAAGAUAGAUGUUUGCAUAGCGUUACUACAGCAUGGAGCUGAUGUAAAUAUACGUAAUACUGAAGGAAAAACACCAUUAGAAGUGGCAGAUUCAAUUACAAGGCCGGUUUUGACUGGGGAAUACCGUAAAGAUGAACUUCUAGAGGCUGCAAGGUCGGGUACAGAAGACAGGCUGUUGUCAUUGUUGAAUCCGUUGAAUGUAAACUGUCAUGCUAGUGAUGGAAGGAGAUCUACGCCUUUGCAUUUGGCUGCAGGGUAUAAUAGGGGUAGAGUAGUGCAGUUGCUGUUGCAAAACGGAGCUGAUGUUCAUGCCAAAGAUAAAGGUGGUUUGGUUCCACUGCACAACGCCUGUUCGUAUGGACAUUUUGAAGUGACAGAAAUGUUGAUAAAACAUGGUGCAAAUGUCAAUGCUAAUGAUUUGUGGGCUUUUACCCCAUUGCAUGAGGCAGCCUCGAAGUCUAGGGUGGAAGUUUGUUCUUUGUUAUUGAGCGAAGGUGCUGAUCCUUAUCAAAUAAACUGUCAUUCAAAGUCUUCUAUUGAUGUUGCGCCAACCAGAGAACUUCAAGAUAGAUUAGCCUAUGAAUUUAAGGGUCAUUUGCUGUUAGAAGCUGCCAAACAAGCUGACAAUACUAAACUUAAGAAAUACCUCACUGCCGAUAUUGUAGGGUUUAAGCAUCCCUAUACAGGGGACACAGCUGUUCAUGUCAUUGUUGCUUCCAUGUACCCCAAAAGGAAACAGCUUCUGGAGUCUCUCAUUCGAAAGGGUGCGCCUCUGAACGAGAAAAACAAAGAAUUUCUCACUCCUCUUCACAUAGCAGCCGACAAUUCGUACUAUGAUCUCAUGGAUGUUCUUCUAAGAAACGGAGCAAAAGUGAAUGGAUUGGACGGUUUGGGCCAAACAGCUCUUCACAGAUGUGCCAGAGAUGACAACGUCCAAGCCUGUAGGAUUUUGCUGUCUUACAACGUCGAUACGAGCAUAGUUUCAUUGCAAGGAUACACUGCCUCGCAGGUUGCUUCCGAAAACGUGUUGAAAAUCCUUCAAGAUCCGCCUGCAGUUCCUUCUGAUGUUGAAGGCCAGUUGCUGGAAGCAGCAAAAGCUGGUGAUUUGGACCAGGUUCAGAGAUAUUUGGGGUCAUAUCCGCACAUAGUGAAUUGCAGAGAUUUGGACGGUAGACACUCAACACCUCUACAUUUUGCCUCCGGCUAUAACAGAGUGCAAGUGGUGGAGUUUUUACUACAGCAAGGAGCUGACGUCCAUGCCAAAGACAAAGGUGGUCUAGUUCCUUUACACAAUGCCUGUUCCUACGGACACUAUGAAGUGACUGAAUUGCUGGUAAAACAUGGUGCAAGUGUCAAUGUGGCGGAUUUGUGGAAAUUUACCCCACUGCAUGAAGCGGCUGCUAAAGGAAAGUAUGAAAUUGUCAAACUACUUUUGAAGCAUGGUGCUGAUCCAAGUAAAAAGAACAGGGACGGCGCUACGCCACUGGAUUUGGUCAGGGAAGGAGAUCAAGACGUGGCCGAUCUUCUGAGAGGUAACGCAGCCUUGUUAGAUGCGGCCAAAAAAGGAAACUUGGCCAGGGUUCAGAGGCUGGUAACCGCGGAGAAUAUUAACUGUAGGGAUGCUCAAGGGCGCAAUUCUACACCUUUACACCUAGCAGCUGGAUAUAAUAAUGUAGAGGUAGCAGAAUACCUCUUAGAAAACGGUGCGGAUGUCAAUGCUCAAGACAAAGGAGGUCUGAUACCUCUACACAACGCUUCAAGCUAUGGCCAUCUGGACAUAGCCGCCUUACUAAUCAAAUUCAGCACUGUAGUGAACGCGACUGACAAGUGGGGAUUCACCCCGCUACACGAGGCUGCUCAAAAAGGCAGGACUCAGCUCUGCGCUUUAUUGCUUGCUCAUGGGGCGGAUCCCUUCAUGAAAAAUCAAGAGGCACAAGCUCCGGUAGAUCUGGCGUCCGCCGAUGACGUCAGGUGUCUGUUGCAAGAUGCUAUGGCAUCCCAGCAAGGUGUACCCACCACAGCAGCGACCAUAUCACGACCACCCUCGAUAGCCUUACCCGCUCAUUCUCCCAGUCCUUCCAUAGUACCGUCGACACUAAGUACUGCCACGACAGGAGUAACUGUCGAAACUGUUGUCAUGCCGUCAGGCGCAGCCGUCCAACUUAUGAUCCCUGUAGUACCGGCCGGUAGCCGAACCAGCAUCGUAGAGAGUAGUGGGUCUUCAGUAAAGCUGGAAAAUGUCUCCGAAGAUGUUAGUGAUAUAUGUUCAGUGGCUAAAUUCCUGACCAGUUUGAAUUUAGAACAUUUGUUGGAUAUUUUCGAAAGGGAGCAGAUAACUUUGGAUAUUUUGGCUGAAAUGGGGCACGAAGAUUUGAAACAGAUUGGGAUAUCUGCUUAUGGGUUCAGACACAAACUCAUCAAAGGAAUGGAAAGACUGGUGGCCAAUUGCGGAGGAUUAUGGACCACGCCCACAAACCCUGGCACUCUAUUGGUCGAUCUGUUGACAGAUGAUAAGGAAUUCAUAACAGUCGAAGAGGAGAUGCAGAACAGCAUCAGAGGACACAGAGAUAACGGUCAUGCAGGGGGUGUUUUCUCCAGAUACAACAUAGUUAGGAUUCAGAAAGUCCAAAACAGGAAACUUUGGGAAAGAUACAGCCACAGAAGACAGGAAGUUGCUGAAGAAAAUAAUAAUCAACCUAGUGAAAGGAUGCUGUUCCAUGGAUCGCCCUUCAUCAAUGCCAUAGUUCAGAAAGGGUUUGAUGAAAGACAUGCUUAUAUAGGAGGGAUGUUUGGAGCCGGGAUAUACUUUGCCGAACAUUCUUCUAAAAGUAACCAGUACGUUUACGGUAUAGGAGGUGGUACAGGGUGUCCCACUCAUAAAGAUAGGAGCUGUUAUGCGUGUCACAGACAUUUGUUGCUGUGCCGAGUGACCUUGGGCAAGUCGUUCCUCCAGUUCAGCGCCAUGAAGAUAGCGCAUGCGCCCCCAGGACACCAUUCCGUAGUCGGUAGGCCUUCGGCGGGAGGCCUAAACUUCCCCGAGUACGUGAUAUACAGGGGGGAGCAAGCGUAUCCGGAAUAUUUCAUAACCUAUCAGAUCGUCAAGCCUGAAGACUAUUCCGCCGGUCCGGAAUCAGACGUCAGGUCCAUCGCUGACGCCGGUACCAAUCAUUAUUGGUGGAAAUUUACCCCACUGCAUGAAGCGGCUGCUAAAGGAAAGUAUGAAAUUGUCAAACUACUUUUGAAGCAUGGUGCUGACCCAAGUAAAAAGAACAGGGACGGCGCUACGCCACUGGAUUUGGUCAGGGAAGGAGAUCAAGACGUGGCCGAUCUUCUGAGAGGUAACGCCGCCUUGUUAGAUGCAGCCAAAAAAGGAAACUUGGCCAGGGUUCAGAGGCUGGUAACCGCGGAGAAUAUUAACUGUAGGGAUGCUCAAGGACGCAAUUCUACACCUUUACACCUAGCAGCUGGAUAUAAUAAUGUAGAGGUAGCAGAAUACCUCUUAGAAAACGGUGCGGAUGUCAAUGCUCAAGACAAAGGAGGUCUGAUACCUCUACACAACGCUUCAAGCUAUGGCCAUCUGGACAUAGCCGCCUUACUAAUCAAAUUCAGCACUGUAGUGAACGCGACUGACAAGUGGGGAUUCACCCCGCUACACGAGGCUGCUCAAAAAGGCAGGACUCAGCUCUGCGCUUUAUUGCUUGCUCAUGGGGCGGAUCCCUUCAUGAAAAAUCAGGAGGCACAAGCUCCGGUAGAUCUGGCGUCCGCCGAUGACGUCAGGUGUCUGUUGCAAGAUGCUAUGGCAUCCCAGCAAGGUGUACCCACCACAGCAGCGACCAUAUCACGACCACCCUCGAUAGCCUUACCCGCUCAUUCUCCCAGUCCUUCCAUAGUACCGUCGACACUAAGUACUGCCACGACAGGAGUAACUGUCGAAACUGUUGUCAUGCCGUCAGGCGCAGCCGUCCAACUUAUGAUCCCUGUAGUACCCGCCGGUAGCCGAACCAGCAUCGUAGAGAGUUCUGGGUCUUCAGUGAAGCUGGAAAAUGUCUCAGAAGAUGUUAGUGAUAUAUGUUCAGUGGCUAAAUUCCUGACCAGUUUGAAUUUAGAACAUUUGCUGGAUAUUUUCGAAAGGGAGCAGAUAACUUUGGAUAUUUUGGCUGAAAUGGGGCACGAAGAUUUGAAACAGAUUGGGAUAUCUGCCUAUGGGUUCAGACACAAACUCAUCAAAGGAAUGGAAAGACUGGUGGCCAAUUGUGGAGGAUUAUGGACCACGCCCACAAACCCUGGCACUCUAUUGGUCGAUCUGUUGACAGAUGAUAAGGAAUUCAUAACAGUCGAAGAGGAGAUGCAGAACAGCAUCAGAGGUCACAGAGAUAACGGUCAUGCAGGGGGUGUUUUCUCCAGAUACAACAUAGUUAGGAUUCAGAAAGUCCAAAACCGAAAACUUUGGGAAAGAUACAGCCACAGAAGACAGGAAGUUGCUGAAGAAAAUAAUAAUCAACCUAGUGAAAGGAUGCUGUUCCAUGGAUCGCCCUUCAUCAAUGCCAUAGUUCAGAAAGGGUUUGAUGAAAGACAUGCUUAUAUAGGAGGGAUGUUUGGAGCCGGGAUAUACUUUGCCGAACAUUCUUCUAAAAGUAACCAGUACGUUUACGGUAUAGGAGGUGGUACAGGGUGUCCCACUCAUAAAGACAGGAGCUGUUAUGCAUGUCAUAGACAUUUGUUACUGUGCCGAGUGACCUUGGGCAAGUCGUUCCUCCAGUUCAGCGCCAUGAAGAUAGCGCACGCGCCCCCAGGCCACCAUUCCGUAGUCGGUAGGCCUUCGGCGGGAGGCCUGAACUUCCCCGAGUACGUGAUAUACAGGGGGGAGCAAGCGUAUCCGGAAUAUUUCAUAACCUAUCAGAUCGUCAAGCCCGAAGACUAUUCCGCCGGUCCGGAAUCAGACGUCAGGUGAUUUGAGGAAAAAUGGCUGAUGCUGGAACGCUCGAGAUCAUACAAGGAUCUUUUCUGUAGUCUGAUGUAUAAUAUGAUGAAAUGUCUCGUACCGACAAGGAAAAAAUGCAGUUGCGCCACGCAAA